AUGCCGAAGGCUUCGAGAACAAAUUCUUUUGCGCGCCAGGAGCGGCGACACAACCCACUCAGCGAGGAGUACUCGCCCACAGCACCACUCAAGCAGAAGGCGGGCAAGAAGAGAAAGUCGACGGAUGAGGAUGGAGAGCAGCAGAGCUAUGUCGACAGCAAGUCAUCACGGCGCAUCUUGGAUCUUGGACAGGACUUGGCAGCGGAAGACGAGGCGGAGAAUCAGGUGUCACGACCACCACAGCAAAAUCCAGCAUUCACCUUUCGGACAGACGUAGUGAGCGACGAGGAAGAUGGUGGCGCAGAGCUGGGAGAGUACGACGAGGAGGCAUGGGGAUCAGACGAGGAAGUCGAGGAGAUUGAGGUCGACCCAAACGAUCUUGACAUGUUCAACAAGUUCAAUCCAGAAUUCGACCCAGCGACACUACUAGCUCCGAACAACGACGAGGAAGAAGCGCAAGGACCUGGCACAAAUCUGGCGGAUCUGAUAUUGGAGAAGAUCGCGGAGCAUGAAGCGCAACAACAAGGGGAAGGUAAUGCCAUGCCAAUACAGGUACAGGGUGGAGGCGAUCCAGACGAUGCAGUCGAACUGCCAGCCAAGGUUGUCGAGGUAUACACACAGGUGGGCUUAUUACUGUCACGGUACAAGAGCGGAAAGCUUCCCAAGCCGUUCAAGAUUCUACCUACACUGCCACAAUGGGACAUUCUCAUUUCCAUCACACGGCCGGACAGCUGGACGCCGAACGCAGUCUACGAAGCGACCAAAAUCUUUACCUCCUCACGACCCGCCGUAGCACAAGCUUUCUGCUCGGAUGUUCUUCUACCACGCGUACGUGAGGACAUCCGCGAGACGAAGAAACUCAAUGUCCACCUCUACAAAGCAAUGAAGAAGGCACUAUACAAGCCAGCAGCUUUCUUCCGAGGCUUGCUCUUCCCAUUAGUUGGUUCCGGAACAUGCACUCUACGAGAAGCACAAAUCAUCUCAUCCGUGCUUCAACGAGUCUCGAUUCCAGUACUUCACUCUGCCACGGCACUCUACCGGCUUUGCGAGAUCGCAGCAGAGCAGAUGAUGCACGAUGUCGAAUCAGCCGGAGCCUGCAACAUCUUCAUUCGAACACUCCUCGAAAAGAAGUACGCUCUGCCUUUCCGCGUUGUUGAUGCUCUGGUAUUCCACUUCCUUCGCUUCCGCGCUAUGCAACAAGCGGACGGCGAAGACGUGAACAUGUCCGGACUAUCGAAGAAGGGCGCUGCGGAUCUGAAGCUACCGGUGUUAUGGCAUCAGUGUUUACUUGCUUUCGCGCAACGAUACAAGAACGAGAUCACAGAAGAUCAGCGAGAAGCUUUGCUUGAUCUGCUACUGGUCAGAGGACACAAGCAGAUUGGCCCAGAAGUGCGGAGGGAGUUGCUCGAAGGUAGAGGAAGAGGCGUGGUGGCGGAGGAGAGUAUGGCUGACGGCGGCGAUGAUACCAUGAUGGAUGCAUAG